CAACUUGAAGCUCGGGAGAGUCCUGGAGGCUGAGGUUAUUCACUUCGUCAACGUACACGGAAACGCCAUCGAUACUAUUCCGACGACAUAGUGGAAAAAGCAUUCGCCUUUUGUCUCAACAGUCACCCUUAUCGCAAGAGUACUCCACCACUUCUACACUCAACCCAAGCCGACUACACUCUCAACCAUGAAGUCUGUCGCAUCCAUCGCCGCGGCAGCUAUGCUGUCCGGCUCUGCCAACGCUUUCUGGCGCAUGCCCUGCCACGACCGCACUGCCCUCGCACGUCUGGACCCCAUCGUCGACGAAGGAACUGCUUCCUCUCACGCCCACACCAUCCACGGUGGAAGCAACUUCGCUGAGACGACCACCUAUGACAUGCUCCGUGAGUCGGAGUGCACUUCGUGCCAGUUCGACGACGACAAGUCCGCCUACUGGACCCCCUCCCUCCACUUUGUCCACGAGGGUGGCAAGACUGAGAUCGUCCCCCAGGUUGGUGGUAUGCUCGCAUACUACCUCCUCCUCGGCGAUGACCUGAAGGCCUUCCCUGAGGGCUUCCAGAUGCUCGCAGGUGACUCCCGUCUCCGUAACUUCACCGGCCCGGUUCCUGACCCGCCAACCUCUGCCUGGACCGCCGACGACAUGACCCAGUUGUCUCUCGGCCAGAAGUCCAUUGGCUUCAACUGCCUCAACUACAACAAGGCACCCGAGGGCUCGCGCUACCGCCACUUCCUCCCCACCAAGGACUACAUGGACGAGAACUGCGCCAACGGUAUCCGUGCCGAGAUCAUGUUCCCCUCGUGCUGGAACGGCAAGGACAAGACCGCCGACGACCACAAGAGCCACAUGGCCUACCCUAACAUGAUUGACGGUGGCUCGUGCCCCGAGGGCUUCGACACUCGUGUUCCCUCUCUCUUCUACGAGACUAUCUGGAACACCUACAAGUUCAAGGACUCCCCCGGUCAGUUCGUGUGGUCCAACGGUGACCCAACUGGUUACGGAUACCACGCUGAUUUCAUCAACGGAUGGAACAUCGACACCCUCCAGUCCGCCGUCUCCACCUGCACCAACCCCUCUGGUCGCGUUGAGGACUGCCCAGUCUUCUCCGGUUCCCUCCAAACUGAAUCUGAGCAGGCCACCUGCAAGAUCCAGUCCAUGCCCAAGGUCCUCUCUGUCGAUGACUGCGCUGGUCCUUCCAACGGUCUCUGCGGUAACGUCCCCGUUCAAUACGGACCCGAGUAUGCCGCACCCCUUGAGGGAGGAGACAAGGACGACGAGGAGCCCGUCACUCCUACUCUGUCCUCUGUUGCCCCUGUGCCCACUCAGUCCUACGCUCCUGCUCGCUCCAUGGGCGCUGGUGGUAUCUCCGUCUACAACGUUGAGAGCCCUUCCACCAUGGUCAAGUCCAGCUCCAGCGCUGACUACGGCAACUACCCCGCUGCACCUGCCGUCACUCCUCUUGCUGACAUCGUUGAUGCUGUCGCGGGUGACGAGGCUGUCUCUACCUCUACCUACACCAAGGACGGUGUCGUAUACGAGGUUGCCAUCGUUGAGGUCGUCGUCACCACCACUGUUGGUGCUGACUACCGCCGACACGCACACAAGCACCGCCGUGGUCACUUCGGCCGCAACUAAGUCUUUUCCUUUCCAAAAGAAACAAAUAAGAGACUUUGAUGAUAGCACCCAAAGCAUUCUUCAGCACAUGGUUCUUGCAUGCGUAUCGGCGUUCUCCUACGACCGCAAACGACGACAACUGAAAAGACACUUCAUCCUUGCUGCCUAGCUCCCAGGUAUCCAUUCCCGUCCCCGUACUCCCGUAGCGGGGGGCGGGGUGGGCGUGUUGACCUCAACUUUCAAGACAUGUAGCUAUGGCGAAGGCAGAAACAAUUUUUCUCUUUGUCUGAUU